GAUUCCCCGCUUCCCAACCACCUGUCAGCUUUCAAUUGGACCCCCCUUCCCUUUUUCUCUCUCUUACAUCAAUAAUUAAUCUCCCCCAUUUUUAACCCUCCUUCGCCCUUCCCCCAAUUCCUCACCUCCUCCCUCUCACUGUCUCCGUAAACGACGGUUUGAUAUUUUCUGUGUAGUAGAAAUGGCAACUGAAUCAUCAAGGGAAGACAAUGUUUACAUGGCCAAGUUGGCCGAGCAGGCUGAACGUUACGAGGAAAUGGUGGAAUUCAUGGAAAAAGUUGCUAAGAUGACAGAUGCUGAGGAGCUUACUGUGGAGGAGAGGAACCUCUUGUCCGUAGCUUACAAGAAUGUGAUUGGUGCCAGGAGGGCUUCUUGGAGGAUCAUUUCCUCUAUUGAACAGAAGGAGGAAAGCAGGGGAAACGAGGAUCAUGUUGCAACCAUCAAGGAGUACAGGGGUAAAAUCGAGACUGAGCUUAGCAAGAUAUGUGAUGGCAUUUUGAACCUUCUAGAGUCACACCUCAUCCCUUCAGCUUCCUCAGCCGAAUCUAAGGUCUUCUACCAGAAGAUGAAGGGUGACUAUCACAGGUACCUUGCUGAGUUCAAGACAGGUGCUGAGCGUAAGGAGGCUGCUGAGAACACCCUGUUGGCUUACAAGUCUGCUCAGGACAUUGCUCUUGCUGAAUUGGCCCCUACUCAUCCAAUUAGGCUUGGGCUUGCUCUAAACUUCUCUGUCUUCUAUUAUGAGAUUUUGAAUUCACCUGACCGUGCCUGCAAUCUUGCAAAACAGGCUUUUGACGAGGCUAUAUCUGAGCUGGACACAUUGGGUGAGGAGUCAUACAAGGACAGCACAUUGAUCAUGCAGCUUCUGCGAGACAAUCUGACCCUGUGGACUUCAGACAAUGCGGAGGAGGGUGGUGACGAGAUUAAGGAAGCUGCAGGAAAGCGUGAAUCAAGCGAACAACAGUGAUAAAAUGGAGAAUUGUGCUCUGUAUUUUUGGCAUGAAACUCCAGUAUAGUUGUCAUUUCGGUCGUAGUAGCUAGGUUUAUUAGAAUCACAUGGUGUUUAGUGUGGAGUGCUGGUGGUAGUACUCAGAAGUCGGAAUUAGUAAUAUAUUAUAUUCGCAGACACUUAUAAAAACAGUGUUAUGCUAUGUUUAUUAAUUAAUAUGUUUAAUGCGUGAGAUGUAGUUGCAUAAUUAAACCUUUGCAUGGGCAGAGGGAGUAUUUGAUUUUUGUCAUCCUUAAGGUUUUGAUGUACUCUCAGAUUAUUUGUCAAUGUUAAAGAAUUAAUGCUUUCCUAAUAAA